UAUUAUUAAAAAAACCAACAAGAAAAAAAUACUUCAUUCACAUUUUGUUGUUCUUGUUUUCUACAUGUUUUGAUACAAAGAAAACAAAGUUUUUGUUCUUUGUGGUUUUGAAUCAUUUCAUGCUUGGCUAUAAACUCUGUUCUUUUGAUCAGUGCUUCAAUGGUUGUGCAAACCCUUGAGAGGAAUUCAAGUUUGUAAAUGGAAUUAAAUGGUUAUGGAUCAUUCAAAAAUGAAAUUCAAGAAGAAAUGGAAAUAGAUUCAAUAACAAGUACUGUUAUUGGAAAGAAGCUUGGAGAUUUCAUUCCAAUUUACAUUCCAGCAGUUGAGAAAAGAGUUCUCAAUCAAAACCCCCAUGAAAGAAGGUUUCUUGAUUUUCUAAAAGCUCGUCCAUCAAGAGACUGGUUUCUCAAAUCCAACUUUUUUCGAAAAAAUGCAAGCAUAGAAGAUGCUCAAACUCAAACUUCAACUGACCGACGACGACGUUUCCGUGUGCCAUUUGUCCGAAGAAUCAACUGGAAGGCAUUGAUAAACAGCUUCAAAAACUGGAUAAAAAAUCCUGCUCAUAUAGCAUUCUUGAUUUGGUUAGCCUUCGUCGUCGGAGGCCUAAUCCUCCUCGCUCUCGUCAUGCUUGGAUUACUAAACGAAGAGAUACCGAGUAGUUCUAGACGAAAGAAAUGGAUAGAAAUCAUAAACCAAAUACUCAAUGCUCUGUUUAUGAUGUUAUGUUUGUAUCAACAUCCAAAUAUUGCUCAUCAUUUUGUGCUUGCUGUGAGAUGGAAAUUUAGAAGAUAGAGUGGAACUUCGAAAAGUUUAUUGCAAAGAUGGUGCAUUAAGGUCUCAUGAGAGAGCACACAUGCUGUUUGUCAUAAUGCUCUUGCACAUCACCUGUGUGUCUCAAUAUGUUCUAUGUGGUCUCUACUGGGGGAUCUCAAUGAAAGUAAGGCCAGAUUGGGCAGUGAAUGUAUGCAUUGGUGUAGGCAUAGCGGCGCCGAUCAUUGCCGGAGUGUACUCUAUCAAGAGCCCUUUAGGCAAGCGAUACGAGACCGAAAGCGAUGAGGAAUCACGACGACAAGUAGCACUGACUAAUGCCAUACCAAAUGAAGAUCAAUUGAACAAAUACAAUGGAAGAGUAGUAGUAACAAGUCCAGAAUGGAUUGGAGGACUGUUUGAUUGCUGUGACGACAGGCCAGUAGCAUGUCUAUCUUUAUUCUGUGUAUGCUGUGUCUUCGGAUGGAACAUGGAAAGACUUGGAUUCGGCAACAUGUAUGUUCAUAUAUUCACAUUCAUUCUGCUCUGCAUUGGACCAUUCUUGGUGUUCAGCGCAUCGGCAUUAAAUAUCAAUGACGAUACGAUACGGUAUGUCGUUGGGAUCUUCGGCAUUAUGCUAUGUUUCUUUGGUAUGUUGUAUGGGGGAUUCUGGAGGAUUCAAAUGAGGAAAAGAUUCAAACUUCCUGGGAAAUUUUUCUGCUUUGGAUAUCCAUCAGUGACUGAUUGCUUUCAAUGGUUUUUCUGUUGGUCAUGUUCUUUGGCUCAAGAAGUGAGAACAGGAAAUUUCUAUGACAUUGAAGAUAGUAGUUUUUAUAGAAGUGUUGCAAAAGAUGAAGAUGAAAGACAAAUAAUGGUUCCAUUGAAUAGAGAAGGAGGAUCAACACCAGUGUUUGUGAUUAAUGCUAUGUUUGAUUAUUCAACUAGAAGUAAAUCUUUUCCUCCAAGUAGAAGUUCAGAAAUGGUUGUCCAAAAAAAGGUUCCUGUUUUAUUGGAGAGAGUUUCAACUUUUGGACCUAUUCAUUCAAUGAGACCACCUCUUCCUCCUUUGAUUCAGCUUGAGGACUAGCAUCAGUAUUGAAUUUUUG